AUGGAUUUGCUGUUGGAGUCCGUCUCACAUGAUGCCCGCACACACCUUCUUGCCGCUUUUGCAGUUGACUUGUCGGUGGGCAAUACUGUCAAGGGUAAGCCCAUCAAGGCAGCGACCAUUGGAAACUACCUCCGAGAUACAGCUACCCUUCUUGAAAACUUCUGUGGUCGAGACCCCCGCUACACUAAUCGAUCUGACCAUGAUUUGGCGCUUCCCAUCCAAGCUGUCCUGAAUGAAUGCAAGCAUCAUGAGAAUAUGCCUCAUCGAGUCGACCCCUAUACAAUUGAGAUGCAUACCACUUUGGUGGCUCUGAAUGCCGCUACAAAAGCACAUAUGGACGGUUUACACUGUGCUAUGGAAGAUUGGUUUAACCUAUGGGCCCAGGAGGAUGAUUAG